ACUGCACCGUCCACUCGACCGAUCGAUCAGUGGAGCUCUCUCGCGCGACGCAGCACUGAACCCAGUGGGUUUGGAGACUUGGGGGAGAGGCUGAUCGAUCGGGUCGGAUGGGGCGGUCGCCGUGCUGCGAGAAGGAGGCCGGGCUGAAGAAGGGGCCGUGGACGCCGGAGGAAGACCAGAAGCUGCUCGCCUACAUCGAGCAGCAUGGCCACGGCUGCUGGCGCUCGCUGCCCACCAAGGCCGGGCUGCGUCGGUGCGGCAAAAGCUGCCGGCUCCGGUGGACGAACUACCUGCGGCCGGACAUCAAGAGGGGCAAGUUCACGCUGCAGGAGGAGCAGACCAUCAUCCAGCUCCACGCGCUCCUCGGAAACAGGUGGUCGGCGAUCGCGACGCACCUGCCGAAGCGCACGGACAACGAGAUCAAGAACUACUGGAACACGCACCUGAAGAAGAGGCUCACCAAGAUGGGCAUCGACCCGGUCACGCACAAGCCGCGCGUCGACGCGGACGCCGGCGGCGGCGGCGGCGGUGGCACAGGCGCGCGGUCUAGGGCCGCGGCGCACCUCAGCCACACGGCGCAGUGGGAGAGUGCGCGGCUCGAGGCCGAGGCGCGCCUGGCGCGGGAGGCCAAGCUCAGGGCGCUCGCCUCGCCGCCGGCGACGGCGACGGCUGCGCUGAGCGGGGUCGACUCGCCGACGUCGACGCUGAGCUUCUCGGAGAGCGCAUUGUUCGGCGCCGGCGGUGCGGCCCCGGACAUCCACAGCGCUGCGCGAGCGGCGGCUGUUCAGGCCCUGCAGUCGUACGGGGAGGCGUGCCAGGAGCACCAUUUCGGUGGCGGCGCCGCCGCUGAGACGAGCUUCGCCGGAGCCGGAGCAUUGGCCGGUGUCCUUCUUGACUGCUCCGUCACCGGCGCGGAUCAGAGAUUCGCAGCGAGGACAGAGGCCGGCUCCGGCGAGCUGCAGGGGGAGGACGACGACGACAAGGGCUACUGGAACAGCAUACUGAACAUGGUCAACUCGUCCAUGUCGUCGUCGUCUUCGUCGUCAUUGACCUCCUCCGAGGUAGUCGCGGACCCCGAGAUGUUCCUCCCGACGGCGGCGGCGGCGACACAGUUCUGAACACUGAAAGGCGCCAAGCCCACACUCUCUCAAUCAAGCAUUGAUUAGUCUGUGGCUGUUCGUGCAAGUGACCAGUACUAAUGAUAUUUUGUUAAUUAGGCUUAAUCUCGCCGUGUUUGGGUUUGAUCUCUGUGAAAUAAGCAUGUACUGAUUUUGGUUUGUUUCUGUUGUAUUCUCCAAUGUAAUGUGUUCAGCAAAGAAUAGUGCCAAUGGUUGAACUAUCACAAGCACUACUACUUCUAACCGUGGUCAAAAUCUCGUACU